ACACACACACACACCAACACCCUGUGGGGAAACAGUCUGUCUCGCCAAAUUUCCAUUAAAUGUCAUGCUAAACAUUAUAAAAGGGGUGACCCGAACAUUUUCUAGAGCACUUGCCCUAAUAAUUGCUCUCUCACUCACAUCUAUCCAACCAACACUCGCACAACAGAGGCACCACAGCCCUUUGAGGAGAACGUAGGAAAACGCUAAAGCAUACAGACUCAAGGAAAAGCUAGACAAAGAAAAAGGUGUAAAGGGAAUGCAUCAAAAUGGUCCUGGAACACACAGAGGUGAAGAUAACCGGAGCAGUCACCAACAUCAGUACCAAGAGGAAGACUGUCCUACCUUUUCCAGCAUACAGAUGAAGCCCAGAGGAAGCAGUUCACCUCUGACCUCAGCUAAACCCAUGGCUACCAAGGUAUCUGUUGCUAUGGAGAGUGAUCUCAGAGGUGCUGGCUCAUCUCACAUUAAAAAUUCCACUCUACAACAGCAGAGUGCCAGUGAAAAUACAAGCAAACAUUUUAGACAGCACAGACCAUCAGUACUACGCAAAGGCAACCAGCCUUUCCCACAAGUUACUGGAUGUGGUGUUCAUGACUGGAUUGUGGACACGGUGUGUAAGACAGAACCUGACAGCGACCUGUCAGACGUGGUCCCACUUUACAACAGCCAAUCUGAAAACAGACUCCGUGCCUCCGUGUCAAGUCCUCAGCCUGGAAGCCCAGAGCAUUCAGGGAAGCAUCCAUAUAGUGUUCCGGGUAACCUUCUGUAUGUUAAAGGACAAUGCAGAUGGCCGGGGUGCUCAAAGAGCAGGGAAGUGUUCAAAGAAUAUGGAUAUUUCUUAAGACACCUUUCUACUGACCAUGCUCCUGGGGACAGAAGUGUAGCUCAGCUGAGGAUGCAGAAAGACAAAGUACAAUUCAUGGAGAAUCAGUUGACAGCAGAGAGACAGAAACUGCAGGCCAUGCAGCUACACCUGUUUGAUGUCAAAUCUACCUCUGAGGGUGGUAACAGUGUGGAGAAGCCGGGGCAUCUGUCAGGACUUAUGCAACCUGCAGCUUGUCAAAACACAAAUGGUCUCUAUGACAGUGAGAGAGUCGCAGCUGAUGCGUUAACACAAGGAUACUGGCAGAUCUCUACCUCACAAGUUAUACCAGGGAUUAUCCCCAGUUUUGAGUAUUAUAAGUUAACAAACAUGAGGCCACCUUUCACCUAUGCCUCCAUGAUACGAUGGGCGAUCCUGGAGUCCCCAGAGAAGCAGCUUACUCUAAAUGAAAUCUAUCACUGGUUUACCCGCAUGUUCUUCUACUUCCGUCACAACACCGCCACAUGGAAGAACGCUGUUCGGCAUAACCUCAGUCUUCAUAAGUGCUUUGUGCGCGUCGAAGGAAGGAAAGGUUCUGUUUGGACUGUAGAUGAAGAGGAAUUUCUCAGGAGAAAAGGACAAAAGUUACACAGGGACCAGGAUAUGGCCUGGAUGGCACCUUUUCACCUGUUUCCCCUGACUCCACAAGGUGAAACUUACCAGAUAUCAGGCCCAAAUGAACACUGAUAAAGAGACUGCAAUGACAUUAAACCACUAACAAUAUUAACAACUUUAGAAAGAAUGACACACAUGGUGGUUUUAAAUUCAUAGCUGGUCUCUUUCAGACAUGAUUUAUUUUAAACGUUUGUGUGUGUGUGUGUGUGUGUGUGUAAUAAAUUCUUUAAGAAUCAAUAUAAAGUAAACUUCAUCCAAAGAUAAAAUUAAGAAAUGGAAGUUCAGCCAAUUGUGUGUUAUCCUUAUCACACUUAAAUGUACUGAUUAAAAUGUACAAGUAUGUAACUCUUAUAAUGCCUACAUUUGUACAUCAAUAAUGAUUAUAUUAAUGGCAUCGCAAAGUAUGUAAAUAAAUUUAAUAUGGCACUUACUACGCUGUUAAACAAUAACUGAUGUACAUUUUCUCUGAAAAUAAAAUAUUUGAUUCAAACUGAA